UGCUGCGACAACAGCAGGAGCGGAGCGCGGCAGGCUCGGCGAGCUGGCCAGUUCGCAACUCGCGUUCGCGGCGCGCGCUCUUCAUUCGGCGCGCACCUCCUCGUCCGUUCUUCGCUCAUCGCAAUUCGGCUACAAUCUCAAUCGCUUGCACAACAGGGAACAAAUAAACUUCGCGAGGGACGAUGCCCGACCUACGUUCAGAGUGAUGUACACAAAUGUUUUGUUCACGGAGUGUUAUCGCAGACUCUGAUGUGUGUUGAAUUGUGACCAGAAAACGAGCUGCUCAAGGAUCACAAUGGCGAGUGGCGCUCAACCAGACUCCCUGGUGCCUCCAAGAAACAACAGCACGCUGCGGGUCAUCCCCGGUCUGCGAGCGCCUGACGGUCCCAAGGUGGAACAAUGUCACGUGGACACCAACUACGACGUAGUCACAGCCGUCGUCUGCUCGGUGUACAUCAUCUUCGGCAUACUCUACACAUUCUGUGGUUAUCGUUGCUUCAAGACGGUAAUGUUUCUCACAGGAUUCAUAUUUGCCUCGAGCAUCGUAUACUUGAUCUGCCUGCAAGGCGAGCUACUGCCGCCAUAUGGCAACGCAGGUAUUGCGAUAUUCGCCGGUAUACUUUUCGGUCUCAUCACGAUGCUAGUCCAAUACGUGGGGCUUUUCAUGGAAGGCCUGCACACUGGCCUCCUGCUGGGGUUGGGCGCUCUGAUCGGCGCUGACCACAUCAUGGAGACGUCACCACGUGGCUCCGUCUGGGUUUGCGUCGGUGUUCUACUGCUGAGUGCUUUAGUCGUAGCUAUUUUUAAUUUAUAUUUUAGAAAAGGAUUGACAAUACUGGGCACAAGUAUCUAUGGCGGAGCAAUUGUGUCAGCGUCGAUAGACUAUUUCGUUGAGCGAUUGGCGACCGUGGCCUGGAUAUGGGACAGAGUUUCAUUACGUCCGGCAGUCCCACCGCCAUGUUGGUACUCAUGGAUCCUGCUUGGAAUUUGGCCAGCUUUGGUCGUGAUGGGGUUGAUUAUUCAGUGCGCCAUCACUGGACGUGGCACGUAUCAUGAAGAUGUCGCCGCAGGACGUAAGAAACCCAGACCGGGUGGAAAUCACCCGAGGUCACGAAUUGACAGGGCCGAAAUGCGCCAGAAUAAGUACAGGUAUCUCUAUCAAGUGCGGAUGGCCCACGGUGAUGUGAUAAGCAAGGAUUUUGUUGAAUCUCUACAUCAGAAGAAGGAACCCGGCGGUGCUCCGGGAGAAUGUAGCACGCUUCAGUCGGAUGCUACCCAUUUGACCAUUCUGCCAGAUACAAACAUGGCCGUCCUCACGGAGAGCGAGGAUGACAGCCAAACGGAGAUUCCGACGAAACGAUGAACCGUUUCGCCGCCCGCGCUCGUUUCUAUAAUUUAUUGACAAUAAUUACGUAUGUAUUUGGUACUUAAUUCGUUUUGACAAUGUGGUCAUUUUCUCUAUGGUAGCGCUUUUUAAGCAAACUCUGAGCUCAAGCGAACAAAACUAAAACACACAAAAUCAAAAUAUCUACAGUUGUGAACGUACAAAAUGAAAUUGUAUUCAAAUGUAACCCAGCUGUUCAUUCACGUGCUCAAUUCUUUUUAAACGUUUUUUAAAUUAAACUGCGUUUUUGGCGAAGAAUGUCGAUCACAAUACACUUGAUUUCAUUUCAAUUUUGAAUUCAAUAAUGACACAACAUUGUAAAAUACUUUUGACUUUGUUGAUCGGCAUUUCUUCAAGCGUCUCGUUUGUGUACAAAUUGAUAUAAUGUGAGAUUAGAUGUGUAAGAGUAAUAAGAGAAGAGAUACACCAAAAUUGAAACAAGCAACAAGCAGCGGCGUGCAACGAGAAUCAAAAUGAUAUCAUAUGGUGUCCGACGCCAUAUAAUAUAUAUUCUACUUUUCAUAAAGAUAGUCGACUAAAAAUAUAUGAGUACAUUUCUAGACAUAAACGUUUAUGUAUGUUUCAAAAUGAUUACGAUUCAUGAAUGUCACUUACGAUAGAGAGUAUUUAUUAGUCCACGACGAUGGUGAAACGAAUGUGUGAUAAUUGUAUUAAAUUAGAUACAUAUAUAAUUCUAAGAAUGGUAUAGUAUUUCCAGAAUAAUCUGCUGCCAAUAUAUUAUAAUUGCAUUUAUUGUACGAUGUAUAUAAACCAAUGAAAUUCGACUUAGAUUCGGUUGGUUCUGACUGCGUUUUAUAAGAUUUGAUAAACGUUGAUGAUUUACAAUUUACAACGUAACAUUCCUCGUCGUCUAUGUUUUUGAAAUUAAAACAAGGUAAUAUUUAAAAGUGCCUUUGGUGCAUAUUGAUUGAUUUGUGGUUUAUAUUUGUGGAUUCUCCUUCGAAUUGCGUGUCCAAAUCCUAUUCAAUUUGGUUAGUACAUUUUAUAAUACGAUACAGUUGUUUCUCUAGUCAAAGAUGAAGCAUAGACACGUGUAAAAGAGUAACAGUUCACAUCAUAUGUAAUAUACAAGAAUUGAAAAUAUAUAGUUUCUGUAAAUAA